AAACGGGAGGACGCAGGAGGUGCUUCUCCAGGAAGACCCCGGAGGCACCAUGACGGGCGGAACCGUCAUCGUGAGGACCCCCGGUCGCUGGGGCGUCACGGCCACGACCACUAACACGUCACCGUCUUUCAAGAGGACCAUCAUUACCUCCGGCCCCUCCAUGGGGGCAGCCACGGGUGCUUCCGUCACCAAGACCUUCCAUUUUAGCAACAAUGGCACCGCGAAAGAGUCCAUCACCUUCAGAACGGAAGGAGGUUUUGCAGAGCGAAUUGUCACCACCGGCAAGAGCAACCAGCAGGGCGUUAAAGGGCGUCCCAACGCCAAGGGGAAGCGUGUCGUCUCCUCCGGAACCGCUGCCAUCAACGAUGGGAACAAACAAGCUUUCUUCAACAUUGCGCCGUCCGUCAACACCGCAAGGAUGGGCAAGACCAGCGUAGAAACAACGACUCGCACCUACUCCAAAGAUGGCAAGCGGUACGAGGAGACAGUAGUGGUCGAGACGAAGGAGGACGAAGAUGGCAACGUCACCAAGACCACCAAGACGACCACGCGCACCCUCGACCCAUACAGCACCGGCGAGCUCUCGUCGGCUCUUGAAGGUGCCAAGACAAGUCGCGGCGGCCGGAAAACGUCUUCCUCAAGCAGCGACUCUUCGCCUGAAAGGACUAAGAGUAAAACGAAGAAGAGUGGCCAGGCGUCGGGCGACUCCCUCCUUAGCAAACUGAGGCUGAAGAAGAGCGACAAGUCCGACGAUGACUCCAGCGACGACGAGGACUUCGUGGAGACCGUCCACAAGGCCGUCAAUGAGUACAGGAAGAAACACGGAGUAAAUAAACUCAAGCUCAACAAGGAGAUGAACAAGUACGCCAAGGAAUGGGCCAAGAAGCUGGCGAAGGACGAGAAGAUGUCGCAUCGGCCGGACAACAAGUACGGCGAGAACGUCUUCUGCCUCUCGUCGAACUCGAAGACUUUCAAGGUUAAAGGUGAUGAGGUAGUGGACAAAUGGUACUCAGAAAUAAAGGACCAUAAGUUUGGCGAGGAACCCAAGGGAACUAUUCUGAAAUCAGGUCACUUCUCCCAGCUUGUGUGGAAGGACACCAAGCAGAUGGGCGUAGGCAAGGCGAGGAGCGCCGCGGGGACCAAGGUUUUCGUGGUGGCUAACUUUGACCCUCAGGGCAACUGGAUGGGACAGUUCGCCGAGCAAGUCCCUCCUGUCGGUGGAUUCGCCAAGGCCUCAGGGGGCAAGUCGUCUGUCUUCAAGGCCAAGUCUCGCAAGUCCUCCUCGAGUAGUUCCGAUUCUUCUUCCGAAGAGGAUGAUUUCGUCGCAGACUGCCUCAAGGCCCAUAAUGACUACCGCAAGAAACACGGGGUUCCUCUCCUCAAGAUCAGCAAAGACCUCAACAAGUUCGCCAAAGAAUGGGCUGACACCAUCGCCAAAAAGGACGUGAUGCAGCAUCGUCCGAAUGUCCAGUAUGGAGAGAACAUUUACUGCGCUUGGUCCUCCAAUCCCGCUCACAAGAUCAAAGGUUCUGAAGCAGUUGAUUCUUGGUACAGCGAGAUAAAGGACUAUAGGUUCGGCAGGGAACCCGCUGACCUCAGGGCUGGUCACUUCACGCAGGUGGUGUGGCGGGACACGAAGGAAAUGGGCGUAGGAACCGCCCGCUCAAGAAGCGGCAAAAUCUACGUCGUUGCAAACUACAACCCUGCAGGCAACAUGGUCGGCAGCUUUAGCACCAAAGUCCCUAAUCUUAAGUAGAUGAUUUAUGUAUAAUUUUUAAAGGAAGGAGAUGGAGAUGUUUAGAAAUGAAUAAAAUAAAAUGUUUGGUGAAUGAAAAUGAAACGUCUCGGUCAGAUGAAACAAAAUGGGGCAUUCACAACCAUAAAGACAUGAAAUACAGUAUUAAUCAUGAAAGACAGAUACUGUAAUAAUCAGAAAAUGUCUGUAUAUCUAUACACACUUUACAUAUACAGUAACACACACACACACACACACACACACACACACACACGCACACUCACACGCACACGC